AAUGAAUAGAAGAAAGAAUUAACAAAACAACAAUGAAUAUGAUAAGAUUUAAGAAAUUAAAAAGAGGAUUUAUAAGACAUAGACAUAAUACCCUUUAACUCUAUGGCAUCCUAUGUAUAAAUUAAAUAUAUUAUAUAAUUCAGGUUCAUGUACAAUUUUUAUUUCAAUUUCAAUUUUAUUUGCUUGCCACCAGGUUUCUAAUAAAAAUACAAGUUGAUUAAGUCUAGAAAAAUUAAAAAUUGGAUUGAUGAUAUUCCAAUAUUAGUUGGUGUUGAUGACUUUGAAUAGAAAGAGUAAUUAAUUAUUCACUAAUUUGUAGAACUUGUACAAUUUGUCUUUCAGACUUAAACGAAAAAAAUAUUAUCAAAAUACUUAAAUGUAAUCACUUUUUCCAUUAAGAAUGUAUAAAAGAAUGGUUAUAGCUCAAAGCAGAAUGUCCCACUUGCAGAGAUAAAAUUCAUAAAUGA